CUGUAUAACUCUCCAUACCACUUUUAUUGAUGAUAUGAUGGUGUCAAAUUACAAUGAAAGUCAUAAACAAACAUACGCCAGUUAUAUCUCUUAUCUACUCGACAUAAACUUUUAGAAUUGAUAAAAUUGAUAAGUAAAUAUCACGUUGAAUUAAAUUUAUAAUUUCCAACAAGUUUAGUGUCAUUCAUUUGUGUUUUUACAAUUUCUGUAAAACAUGGCUGCUUACUAUUGGGUUGAUUGUCAUGCUCGUGGGACGGUUCCAUCAACAGCACUUCGUGGUGGCACUGACAUUGAUGGAUCACAAAUAUUUGUAGGUAGAGCUUUUCAUGAAGGGGAUUGGAUACCGGCUAAAGUAAUUCCAUCUAAAAAUGUAGCUUAUGUACCUUAUAAUGGCGGAGAGCAUGCAAAAUUUCGAUAUCAGGUUUUAUGUGAACAACGUUUCGAUUGGGUACCUUCACAAAACGGUCACAUUCCAUUUGGAGCAGUAGAAGGUGGGAAAACGCGAGAGGGUGAACCACUAUACAUCGGUAGAGUUCAUCAUGCAGGAUCUCAUACUGUCGGAAAGGUACACCCUAGCCAUGGAUGUUGUUAUAUUCCAUUCGAUGGAAAGGAACACGGGCACCGACAUUACGAAAUUUUAAUUCUUAGAUCUUAAAAUAAUCAUAAAGUUUUUUCAAAUGAAACUUUUUGCUACAAAAUAAUUUUGCUGCGGUAUUUCUCGAUAUAAUGUAUUUACUGUAAAAGUUUAAAAUUUCCAAAUAAAGAAAAACAUGUUUUUAAUA